GCUAAAUAAUGUCUGACCCCAGUGCCUGGCUCUGGCUGAGCUCUGGGUGCCCGUCGUUGCUGCUGUGCAGGGGCGCACCCGCUGGCUGGCUGUCGCACGGUUCCCAGUGCGCCCAGGACUCCUGGGCUUGGAGAAGGAAAUCGCCUGGGGCGGCGCGCCACCUCUGCCUGGGAGGCUUUGAUGAGACCCGGUUCCUUCCUGCUACCGCUGCCUUGGAGCAGACGAGAAAGCGCACGGGGCCCAGAGCAGGGCGCAGGGACCAGAAGCGUGACAACAAUGUGACUCCACUGCCGGGGAUCCGAGAGCUUUGUGUGGACCCUGAGUUCCACCAGGUGAGAAGAGUGAUGACCAUCCUUUUCCUUACUAUGGUUAUUUCAUACUUCGGUUGCAUGAAGGCGGCGCCCAUGAAAGAAGUAAACGUCCACGGACAAGGCAACUUGGCCUACCCAGGUGUGCGGACCCAUGGGACUCUGGAGAGCGUGAAUGGGCCCAGGGCAGGUUCGAGAGGCCUGACGACGACGUCACUGGCUGACACUUUUGAGCACGUCAUCGAAGAGCUGCUGGAUGAGGACCAGAAGGUUCGGCCCAACGAAGAAAACCAUAAGGACGCGGACUUGUACACUUCCCGGGUGAUGCUCAGCAGUCAAGUGCCUUUGGAGCCUCCUCUACUCUUUCUGUUGGAGGAAUACAAAAAUUACCUGGAUGCCGCAAACAUGUCUAUGAGGGUUCGGCGCCACUCCGACCCUGCCCGCCGUGGGGAGCUGAGCGUGUGUGACAGUAUUAGCGAGUGGGUCACAGCGGCAGAUAAAAAGACUGCAGUGGACAUGUCUGGUGGGACGGUCACAGUCCUAGAGAAAGUCCCGGUAUCCAAAGGCCAACUGAAGCAGUAUUUCUACGAGACCAAGUGUAAUCCCAUGGGUUACACCAAGGAAGGCUGCAGGGGCAUAGACAAAAGGCACUGGAACUCGCAAUGCCGAACUACCCAAUCGUAUGUUCGGGCCCUUACUAUGGAUAGCAAAAAGAGAAUUGGCUGGCGAUUCAUAAGGAUAGACACUUCCUGUGUAUGUACACUGACCAUUAAAAGGGGAAGAUAGUGGAUUUAUGUUGUAUAGAUUAUAUUGAGACAAAAAUUAUCUAUUUGUAUAUAUACAUAACAGGGUAAAUUAUUCAGUUAAGAAAAAAUAAUUUUAUGAACUGCAUGUAUAAAUGAAGUUUAUACAGUACAGUGGUUCUACAAUCUAUUUAUUGGACAUAUCCAUGACCAGAAAGGAAACAGUCAUUUGCGCACAACUUUAAAAGUCUGCAUUACAUUCCUCGAUAAUGUUGUGGUUUGUUGCCGUUGCCAAGAAUUGAAAACAAAAAGUUUAAAAAAAAUAAUAAAUUGCAUGCUGCUUUAAUUGUGAAUUGAUAAUAAACUGUCCCUCUUUCAGAAAACAGAUUAAAAAAA